CGCGGCUUCUGCUUGCCGCCGACCGGAAGUCCACGGUCUGAAUGGGUCUUUUAGCAGCUUGCGGCCGCUCCUCCCUGUGGAUUUAACUCCGGGUGAUCUCUGGAUCUCUGAUCUUGUCUGCAGCCAGGUUCAUGUGGAGGCUCCCAGGCCGCGCCGCGCUUUGUGGGGUCAGGUGGGUGGUGGAGCAGCGCAGCUGGGCCGAGGCAUCGACUCACGAGAAGGUGGGGUCCAUGGAGCGCGCGGUGGUUCGCUGUGUGCCCUCGGAGCCCAAGCUCAGCCUGUCUUUUGCGUUGGCCGACGGCAGCCACAAAAACUUGCAGCGGGACCAGAGCGAGCCUCUGGGCCGAGCCCUCAACCGGAUCGCUACCAACGCCCUCAAGGGAUACGCUAAAGUAGCGGCUGCCAAGAAGAGCAGGAAGAACCGAGCCCACUCGAGCGGUGGCGCGGCCUGUGCGGCGACAGAGCCAGAACCGGCUGCGACCUGCGAGCCGGUGGUGAAGCUGUACUACCGGGAGGAGGCGGUGGCUGAGGAUGUGCUCAAUGUGGACGCCUGGCAGGACGGAGCGGUGCUGCAGAUCGGCGAUGUCAAGUACAAGGUGGAGCGCAACCCGCCUACCUUCACGGAGCUGCAGUUGCCGCGCUACAUCAUGGCUGGCUUCCCUGUGUGUCCCAAACUCGGUCUGGAAUUUGGGGAUCCCGCCAGCUCCGUGUUCCGCUGGUACAAGGAAGUCAAAUCCGGGGCGGCAGAACCUGGGGACGGCGGCCUCGCGUCUUCGUCUCACUCUUUGCAGUCUUCUGCUUGGAUCGAGACGGGUGUGGAGGAGCGUGUAUACACCCCGUGCAAUGCUGACAUCGGGCUACGGCUCAAGCUUCACUGCACGCCGGGCAAUGGGCAGCGCUUCGGGCCAAGCCGGGAGCUAGAAAGUGUGUGCCCGGUGGAGGCUGGGCCUGGCACCUGCACUUUUGACCAUCGACAUCUCUACACCAAGAAGGUGACAGAGGACUCUUUCAUCCGCACUGUCUCCUACAACAUCCUGGCAGAUACGUACGCCCAGACUGAGUUCUCUCGGACAGUCCUGUACCCGUACUGUGCCCCCUACGCCCUGGAGCUUGACUACCGCCAGAACCUUAUACAGAAGGAGCUCACAGGCUACAACGCAGACCUCAUCUGUUUGCAAGAGGUGGACCGCGCAGUGUUCUCGGACAGCUUGGUACCAGCCCUGGAGGCCUUCGGACUGGAGGGCGUGUUCCGAAUCAAGCAGCACGAAGGCCUGGCCACUUUCUACCGGAAGUCGAAGUUCAGGCUUCUUAGCCAACACGACAUUUCUUUUCAGGAAGCCCUGAAGUCAGACCCACUGCACAAAGAAUUACUAGAGAAACUGGCUUUGAACCCAUUAGCACAGGAGAAGGUACUCCAGAGAUCGUCUGUCCUUCAGAUUUCAGUUCUUCAAUCUACAACGGACUCUUCUAAAAAGAUAUGUGUUGCUAAUACCCAUCUCUACUGGCACCCAAAAGGUGGAUACAUUCGUCUCAUUCAAAUGGCAGUAGCCUUAGUUCAUAUUAGACACGUCUCAUGUGAUCUCUAUCCUGGCAUACCAGUUAUAUUUUGUGGAGACUUUAAUAGUACACCAUCAACGGGAAUGUAUCAUUUUGUCAUCAAUGGCAGCAUUCCGGAGGAUCAUGAAGACUGGGCUUCCAAUGGGGAAGAGGAGAGAUGCAACAUGUUUCUCACACACUGUUUCAAACUGAAGAGUGCUUGUGGUGAACCUGCUUACACAAAUUAUGUUGGUGGCUUUCACGGAUGUCUAGAUUACAUUUUCAUUGACUUAAAUACUUUGGAGGUUGAACAGGUGAUCCCAUUACCUAGUCAUGAAGAAGUUACCACCCACCAGGCCUUACCUAGUGUUUCUCAUCCAUCUGACCACAUAGCACUUGUAUGUGACUUAAAAUGGAAAUAGAUUUUGCUUCACUAACUCUGAUAAGAAGCUAGGUACUUUUCAGAAAAUUUAAUAUGAAACAAAGCUUAUAUAGAAACCUUCAAUGAGGCGUCACUAAACAUUAUGGUCAUUCCCUACUGGUUAUGUUCCAGACAGCUUUGUUAUAGAACCAGUUGAUGUUUGCAUCAUUUAAUAUCUUUAUCCUCUUUUUUUAAUUCCCUACAUUUGGAAGAAAACGUAUUUGUGGCUAGCAAGAAGAAAAGUGAAUUAUUCUGUACAUUUUAUAAUUUUUUUAAGCUGGUAACUAAGAUUUUUUUAAGUACUAUUUAAAUAAUCUCAAUUUUUCUUUCAAAGCACAUUUUACAUUGAAUUAUGUUAAUAUAAUUGGGGAAGGAGGGGACAUGUAGGUAAAAUGUGAGAGACUUGAGAGACACAUGGAAUACAUUAGUCUGUCACUACCUCAAUUUGGUUAGAAUUUAUUAUAAUUUUGGAGCUUUAACAAAAGAUUAAAAUAUACCAUUACUAGUUCUUACAGCUUCUUCGUUUUUCAGUUAGCAAGGUAUUUUCCUUCUCAAAUUGUUUUUCAGUGCACAAAUGAUGGUUCAAAUGCAUCUAAUUUGUCUUCUCACUUGCACUUCACCUCAUUUUAAUAAUAGGAUACAAGCACAAGAGAGUAUUCAAAGGGACCGGGAACAUGACUUGAUCUCUUACCUUCACUCUUACUCAAAUAUUUGUAAGCACACAGGGUACUUGACCAUAUGAUAUAAAAGAAUACAGCACAAUUAUCUUACGAGAAACUUCUGAUAGAAGCUUCAGAAUGUAGGUGAACCAUUGAGCAUUUCUAAGCUAGAAGUGUUUUCAAAACUGCCAGUUUUAUAAAUAGGAAAAAGGGAAGCAGGCAUGGUGCUUUAUAGCUGUAAUCCUAGCAUUCAGGAGCCUGGGGCAGCACUGCUUUGAGUUCAGUUCUGGUCUGGGUUACACAGUUCAAGGUCAGCUUGGGCUACAUACAUAGGAAAAAAGGGAACUGGGUUUUUGUCAAUAUCUGAAAUAAACUUUUUAUAGAUGUAAGCAUUAUAGCUUGAGGAACAGAACAGUGUCACAUAAUUUAUUUUAAAAAUUUAAAAUGAAGCCAACAUUUUAAGAUGAGAAACUCCAAGUUGUGUUGCUUAGUAUCUAGUUUCGAUACUUUUACUUCAUACCUUCUUGGUAAUGCUUUAGCUAUUGCUUUGUGAUGUCCAGUUUUAACUGGAGCAUAAGCAUAGCAUUCUGCAGUUAAUUUCUAGCAUGGGGAGUAAAGGCCUCACACCUCAAAGAGGUCUCAUUUUCCAGCCUUGAAGCCCCUAUUUCAAAAUUUUUAAUCUGUAAAUCCAGUGUUUUUGUCCCCAUAUUCUUCUAAUGUGGUGUGUGAUUUCAUAUUCUACUAUCAGAUACUCUUAGGUUAGUAAGUCUGAAAAAACAUAGGCAUUUCAUUUGCACUUCACAUUGAACCUUUAUUCAAAUUAUUUAAAGGGAAAUAAUCAUUAGCAGUUUCUUGGUAUGCUUUAAAAAAAAAAAAAAAAAAAAAGAGCUGAUGAAAAGUUGAUAUUACCAAAUUGUGCCUUCCUAAAUAUGGUAGUACAUUGUUUCUCAAGGAUCAAAUUCAGGGCACUCAGUUAUAUUCCCAGCCAUAUACAUGCCACUUGUGAGAGCAUUUCAAUGACAGUUUAUAUAGUCAAAACUAGGUUUUUUGCAAAAUAUUUUUUCAGUAUUAUUUUAAUUUCUGUGUUCCUGGGGAUUCAACCCAGAAUCCUGAGCAUGCUAACCAUGAAUAGUACUGCCAAGCUACAUCAAAGCUACAACCCUUUUCAAAAUUUGGCUUUGUUUUGCCUUCAGAUAACCAUGUUGACAAAUUUACAUGAACGCUUCAGGAAUUAACAGUAAUUUACUCAGCAAGAAGUCAACAUUUUGAAAGAAAAAUGUUUCUAAUGUGAGAUUAUUUAUACCCAUGCAUUGACAUCCUGUAUUAACUCCGUGGUGAACUGUUGAUUUAUCUACCAAACAUCCCACAUUCUAAAUCCUUAAAUUUGAUAUUUGUGGAUUAAAUGGUAUAGGCAGAUUAUAUACAGAUAUUUCAGGAUAUUCCAAUAAUGAAGUGUAAAGAUUUAACUCUAGCAUACAGAUGUGCAAAGGUAGGGAACACUCCUCAAAUUCUAUGAAGAUUAUACCAAAUUUAUUUGUACUUAUGAUGGGACAAAGUGUUAAUCAGAAGUGUCUAAAGCUAUCUUUGUGGCUGCAUUUUUCUAUUACUUUUGAAAUUUUUAGUAUUUAAUUUUAAUAAUUCUGAGAAUUCUAGCAACUUUGUGGCAAACCACACUUAUGUCACAAAUUCUUAAUAAAGGAAAUGUGAAUAUUUUAGAGUA